AUGAGCACCACGUCUUGGACGCUCACCUUACACCCUGCGCUCCCGGAGUACUGCGAGCCGGAAAACGGCUUCCUUCGUUUCCUCUCUUCUACGUUCCACACAUGUGUCCCAACAAACCUAGCCUUCCUUUCGACGCUGCUCGGUACCCUCAGCGUCGUGUCAUGGCUGUUUGCCCAGCUGCCGCAGAUCUAUAAGAACUACACGCUCAAGUCCACGUCUGGGCUCAGCAUCUUCUUCCUAAGCGAGUGGCUUCUGGGCGAUGUGUCCAAUCUGGUGGGCUCGGUGCUCACCAAACAGGCGCUAUGGCAGGUCAUCAUUGCGACCUACUACUGUUUCGUGGACUUUAUGCUAGUGGGUCAGUGGCUGUGGUACGAGCGCUUGCGCCAUGGUAGACCACUGAUCCGCGUAUGGCGCCGGGGUAACAAGAGACCUUACGGUGGGAACGGACCUGAUGACUUAUCAGAAGUCAUCGAUGGCAUGUCUGUAAUGAGCGAGUCAGAGACUAUAUCGGAGGAUAGCAAGAAAAAGGAUACCAACGAUGGCUCAGACUCCAUCUCUCAUUCUGACCCGAAAGAUGUAUUCCGUUCGCCUCGGUACUCAUCUUAUCCGUCAAAAGAAGGUCCGGGGAGCCUAACAUCAACUCCCAGCCGUACCAUUACUCGUACCGGACGGUCCAACUCUCCCAUGCCAUCUCCGCGAACGGCCCUCUACUUGACCAUGCUGCUCGCAGUCGUAGCACGAGCGUCGCCUUUGACGCCGCCUCCUUCAACAACUUCGUUUGCUAGCCAAACCGACACGACGGAAACUCCUGCCGAGAUAGCGGGCCGCCUCUCCUCUUGGCUGUGCACGAUGUUGUACCUGGGCUCGCGCCUGCCUCAGCUGUACAAAAACUACAUCCGCAAGUCUACUGCUGGUCUCUCGCCGACUCUGUUCUUGGCUGCGUUUUUAGGAAAUCUUUUUUACUCUUCCUCUAUCGCUACGAACCCUUGCGCGUGGGGCUCGUAUCCAGCCCACGGCGCGGGUGGCUGGGUCGACGAAGAAGGCAGCCAACGCGGGGAGUGGAUUAGCCGGGCGGUGCCCUUCUGGCUAGGAGCCGCAGGUGUACUGAUUAUGGACGCUGCCGUUGGUGUGCAAUUAUGGUACUAUGGCGAGGCGCCAGCGGCGGAGAGGGCCGUGGUGGUGGUACCAGAAGAGGGAGGGAAGAAGUGGAGGUGGAGAAGAGUCAGUGGAUGGAUGCGGGGCUGGAUACCCGCAGUCAGCGAGCUGCCCGCGCCAAGGGCGGAGGAGGAGCGGCUUCUGGGAACCCGAGCGGACGGGCGCUACGGCGCCGUUUGA